CUGUCCAGUGACACCAUGAGCUGGAGCUUCCUCACACGGCUGCUGGAGGAGAUCCACAACCACUCCACCUUCGUGGGGAAGCUGUGGCUCACCGUGCUCAUCGUCUUCCGCAUCGUUCUCACUGCCGUUGGGGGAGAGUCCAUCUACUACGACGAACAGAGCAAGUUUGUCUGCAACUCCGGCCAGCCGGGCUGCGAGAACGUCUGCUACGACGCCUUCGCUCCUUUGUCUCACGUCCGUUUCUGGGUCUUCCAGAUCAUCCUGGUGGCAAUGCCCUCUCUCAUUUACAUGGGCUACGCUGUCAAUAAGAUUGCACGACUGGAUGAAGCAAAAGGAGGAGCUGGAUCCGUUGCUGUCAGAACAGGGGGAGGGAGCUACACACACAGAAAACCCAGGAAAAUCUGCUUUGGAGCCCGACAACACAAAGGCAUUGAGGAGACUGAGGAGGACCAGGAGGAUGAUCCCAUGAUCUAUGAGGUACCAGAAAUCGAACCGCCAAAAAGGCCUCGAAAUCCCCUGCAGCCAACACCCAGACCUAAAAUCCGUCACGAUGGACGUAGGCGAAUCCGAGACGAAGGACUGAUGCGAGUUUAUGUAUUGCAGCUGGUGACGAGGACAGUGCUAGAGGCAGGCUUCCUUACCGGCCAGUAUCUGCUGUACGGGUUUCGUGUGAAACCAGUGUUUGUGUGUUCUGGCAAACCUUGCCCCCACAGUGUCGACUGUUUCGUGUCACGGCCUACAGAGAAAACCAUCUUCUUGCGCAUCAUGUAUGGCGUCACCGUCCUUUGCCUCACGCUCAACGUCUGGGAGAUGCUCCAUUUGGGCAUCGGUUCCAUCUGUGACAUUAUCCGCCGCCGACGGAGUCCGCCUCAGGAUGACGAGUUCCAACUGGGCCUGCUGGGCGCCAACAGUGGUGCGGAGGGCUCUGUGGGGGGAACGGGGCCCGAGGCAGGCUCUGAAGGUGGUGUGGGCGGGGAUGGCGCUGCAGAUUACGUUGGGUACCCAUUCUCGUGGAACACCCCUUCAGCUCCACCCGGCUACAACAUCGUGGUAAAGCCAGAACAGAUUCCCUACACGGACCUUAGCAACGCUAAGAUGGCAUGCAAGCAGAACCGGGCCAACAUUGCCCAGGAGGAGCAGCAGCAGUUUGGUAGCAAUGAGGACAAUUUCCCCACAGGAGGAGAAGCCCGUGUGGCUCUCAACAAAGACGUGAUCCAGCAAGCUCACGAGCAACUGGAAGCAGCCAUCCAGGCUUACAGCCAGCAGCACCAGGCCGAGGAACAACUUGAAGACAGCCAAGACGACAAGCCUCAAAGUAACAUCAUCCAAGCCCAACCGCAGCCGCAUCCUCAGAGGGAGCGCAAACACAGAGUCAAGCACGGGAAGGGCGGCAGCAGUGGAGGAGGCAGCAGCAGCAACAGCAGCAGCAGUAAAUCAGGAGAGGGCAAGCCCUCCGUAUGGAUUUAA